CAGGCGCCGGUCCGGUGCUGCGUACCGGGGAGUUGUCUUUGCUGCCAUUAUGAGGCGCCUAUCGCAGUUGCUGUUGCUCGCCCUGCUCGUUUUUCCCGCCGCCCUGCUUCUCGGUGGCACCCGCAGUGGCCCAGGUUUGUUAGUUGCAGCUCAGGAUGCUACAGAAGAUGAGGAAGCUGUGGAAGAUACUGUAGUUGAAGAUGAAGAUGAUGAAGCUGAAGUUGAGGAAGAUGAGCCAACAGACUUGACAGAAGAAAAAGAGGAGGAAGACUUGUCAGGAGAACCUAAAGCCUCACCCAGUGCUGAUACAACUAUAUUGUUUGUGAAAGGUGAAGACUUCCCAGCCAACAACAUUGUAAAAUUCCUGGUGGGCUUCACCAAUAAGGGUACAGAGGAUUUCAUUGUUGAGUCUCUGGAUGCUUCUUUCCGUUAUCCUCAAGAUUACCAGUUUUACAUUCAGAACUUCACAGCUCUCCCUCUGAAUACAGUAGUUCCUCCACAGAGACAAGCCACCUUUGAAUAUUCCUUCAUCCCUGCUGAGCCUAUGGGUGGUCGUCCCUUUGGACUGGUUAUCAAUCUCAACUACAGAGAUGUAAAUGGCAACAUAUUUCAAGAUGCUGUCUUCAAUCAGACUGUUACAGUCAUUGAGAAAGAAGAUGGGCUGGAUGGAGAAACGAUCUUCAUGUACAUGUUCCUCGCUGGACUUGGUCUACUCGUUAUUGUUGGCCUACAUCAGCUGCUAGAAUCUAGGAAGAGGAAAAGACCAGUACAGAAAGUAGAGAUGGGAACAUCAAAUCAGAAUGAUGUUGAUAUGAGCUGGAUUCCCCAAGAAACUUUAAAUCAAAUAAAUAAAGCUUCACCAAGGAGGUUGCCCUACAAGAGGGCACAGAAGAGAGCAGUGGGCUCUGAUGAGUAAAUGUUAACUAGUGCAACAGUUGAACCUUUACUAAUCAUCCUGCCUGUUUGGAAAAAUGUUUUGGUUUUUUUUUUGAAGUAGUGCAGAGAAUCCAUCUCACCAUAAGGAAA